UAUAAUUAUAACAAAAUCAUAUUAUAUAUCGUUAAUAACAUCUUAAUAGUAUGGUACGCAUAAAUUCCCAUUAGACAUUUUUACGCAAGUAAAACAAUCGUAAUUUUUAAUAUAAUUAAGCGGUACAAUCUUAAAAGUAUCAGUCUCAUUAAUGGCAUAUGAUUGUAAAAAAUCGUCAAGAUGACCCGUUUUGUGUACUCGAACUACAAGAAUGAAAUCAGAUUUCUGUAUUUUUAUUUGUAAUUUUCGACACAUAAGAAUCUUUUCAAUUCGUCCAAAAGUUAUGCAAUGAGGAUUAUGGUCUAAAGUAAUAGUGACUCCUUUUUUAUAUGUUAUGCUAUUUACUGUGACAUAUGCAACUUGUUCUGCAUUUAUAAAUAAAAGGGGUAAUUCAACGGUUGGCAUUAAUGUACGUUUUAAACAAAUUUUAAAAGUAAUCGUGUCGACGAAAAAUGAAUUUUCCAAUAAAUUAUCGGCAAAUAUUAAUUGGUGUUUUACAGCCAAAGAAUGACAAAUAUUUACGCGACUACUUGAAGCAUUUGCACUUUUUUUAAGUAUGCGAUGCUUUGCUUCAAAUCGCAUUGCCCAAACUUGUCGAAGUGGUCCAAUUUUUCGGAUGAUUUGUGGAUAGUGCACCAUAAAGUUAUAUUUUGGUUUUAAACAAUCGCCGCAAAGUUUUAUAUAAAGUUCGUGAUGUUUUUUUAUUAAUUUGGCUAAAGUGUCCGGUGUGUCAGAUGUUGUGAAUGACUUUAAACAUAUACUCAAAAUUUGUCGAACCAACUUAUACAUUUUCCAAUAAUCAUUGUUUUUGUCUGCAAUUAAGUCACCAAAAAUUAAUGAUGCAUUAAGAAAGAAGGUUUUUAAUUCUGAUGCAGACAUUUUUAAAUUGAAUGUUUUCAAUUCAUGUAAAGUUAUUAAUGGCGGCGUACUGUUAUUUCCAAAAUCAAAAAAUUUAAUUCUGUUGUUCAAAGUUCGUAAGUUAAAAUAUUUUUUCUCUAAAAUCAUGUGACGUAAAAUUAGCAUUAUUUCAUCUUUACAGACUCCUUCCAAAAAAUCAUGCAUAAUAUCGACCAUAGACAUAGUAUAUUUAGACCGAGGAUUGUCCCAAAUUUCGAGAGUGGGGGUAUAGGCACACGUAAAAAAGGACAGACAAUAUAACAGGUACUUUCUUCUCUCUCACACGCGCCUGCGUGAUAAGUCACGCCUGUCACGUGGUCACGCCCUAUUUGCACUAACCAUUGUGCGUGUGUAUUCGUCAUGUUAAGCGAUGCGUGCCGCCACGGUGCGAAGAUAAGCUCUAACUAAAAACAGGUCCAAAAAUAAGCAUUUAAAUUUAUUAAAAUAAUUUUACUUUUGUUACUCGUAAAUAAACAAUCAAGAAGUGAAUAUGAGUGAAAAAAGAAUUUUUAAAUGUUACGUAUUAAAUUGUACAAAUACAUCCGCAAACAAAAAUAAAUUGAUAUUUCACAAUUUACCAAAACAUCUAUAUAUUCGAAAGAAAUGGAUAGAGUCUUGCAACAUAACCAAAGUUACAAGUAAGACAAGAAUAUGCAGCGUGCAUUUCAAGAACACAGAUUAUUUAAGUAAGUAUUUAAAUAAUAUAAUAAUAUGGUUGUAAUAUUUAUUUCUAAAUAUUUACUUUUUAUUUUAAUCUGUAUUAUUUUAUAUUUAUUUGUACAUUUUUGAGCAACAUGUUUAGAACAUUUGUUCUGAAGCAUAAUUUUCAAACUGAUUAAAAUAUUUUAUACUUUUUACAGAUCAUAAAAAAUUAAAAAAAACAGCAUUCCAUCUGCAGAGCCUCGAAAAAAGUUUGUUCCAAAUAUGAUGAAGAAAAAUCAAUAUGAUAAAAAAAAUGAAACAUGCACAUUAAAUCGUGUCAGCGAAGUAAAAAACAAAGGUAUUAACAAUGAACAAGAAAAACAACAAGUACAAGAAAAUGAGAAAGCUGUAGUAGAGCAGUCGGUGCAUAACCAAACAAUAAGAGAAAUAGAUGCAGAAAUCUGUGCAAAAGAAACAGCAAAGUUUUGUGAUGAAUGUUCAAGUAUUAGUAUAAAUAAUAAUGGUGUACAAAAUAAUUGCCAAUGUCCUAAUAUUGAAGUUGAAAAUGAUAGUGAUGAUGUACCGAAUAUUAUUGAUAAUGAUGUAUUGCAAGAAUUGAAAGAAAACUUAGAUAUUGUAGAAGAUAUAACAAAUAAAGUGAAUAAAGAAGUUUAUAGUAAAAAUAAAAUAAGAUUUAUAAAUUUAUUAAGAAACGAUGAAGAUCUUAUUGCAUUUACUGGAGUUUCAUUUCAAUUAUUACAAAGUUUGAUAAAAGCCGUUACACAAGUUAAAGGAAAAAAUCAAUAUAAAUUUGGAAAUUGUGUACAAGACAGAAUAGUAUUACGUCUUUGUAAGCUACGACUGAAUAUGUCUUUUAGAUGUCUUGCAGCACUUUUUAAUUUAACAAGGCAAAGCUGUACAAAUAAUUUUGUUUAUAUGGUUCAAUUACUUGCACAAAUAUUAAAAUCUGCAAUACAUUGGCCAUCUAUUGAAGAAAUUCACAAAAGUAUGCCAAUUUGUUUUGAAAAAUUUAAAAGUACAUAUGUUGUUCUUGACUGCACUGAAAUACCAGUUGAAAAACCUCGCUGUUUGAAUUGCCGGCUUAAAUUGUAUUCGCAUUACAAAGGAUGUGAAACAAUAAAAUUAUUAAUAGGUAUAGCACCUUGUGGAUUAUUGUCAUUUUUAAGUGAAGCAAAUGGUGGUCGAGCAUCUGAUAAGGCUAUAUUUAAUCAAUCUGGCAUCAUCAAUAAACUGGAACCUACCAGAGAUGCUAUAAUGGUAGAUAAAGGUUUUCACAUCGAAUCAGAAUGUAUGCAGAAUCACAUUCAAUUGAUAAUGCCCCCAAAAUUAGAAAAAAAGAAACAAUUUAAUGCUCAAGAAGCUUUAUUGACAAAGAUAUUGCAUGUGCCAGAGUUCACGUUGAGAGGACAAUUCAACGUUUUAAAAUGUUUAAAAUUGUUAAACAUAAAAUAUCAUGGACACUAAUUCCAUACAUUGAUAACAUU